AUGCAGCCCUUAUUAUAUCUGCUACUUCGCCGUAAGUCCGCCCUACAAUUAGCACCUUUACAGAGCCACUUGGACCAGAUCUUGCCAUUCUAUAUGGGGAAAGCAGACGAGCCCUUUGACCCUAGAAAGACUGGUGCGAUCGUCAUACAGGUGAAAAACCGCAAGCGUCCAGUUAAUGUCAGCGAGGUUCUCGAAGAGUCUUUCCUCAAACCAAUCAACCCUCGCCCCUACAAGACCCGUGGCUACUCCAAGAAAAGUGCCUCCAAGAAAGGUGCCAAUCCUCUCAGAACGACGCCACCAGGGCCAAAAUUCCUAUUUAUGCUAUUGGACCUCGACGCGGGUAAAACUGGCCUCAACGUGUAUAUCAGUCAAGCGGAUGACCCAAUCAUUUGGGCGAUUCAUUCCCGCGGCCAUGAUAAGAAUGUAUUCCGAUGGCUGGAAACUCUCGAAGUAGAUUUAGCAGCGAAAGGGCUUUUUAAGGUCUCCAGCGCUGAAAUUCCCGAUAUUGGCUUCGUACACCACAAGGACCAAUUGUACAAUAUACUACUUUACGACAAGGUAGAAAUGGAGAGCGACGAGGUUUAG